GGCUGGCCGGCAAGACAAAUUUCGUAUAAAAGAUGUUCCGACACCGAACAAUGGCAUCAGUCAUCUGGCAUCAGCUUUCCAAUCCGGCAACACAGCAUCUUACCAGCCACAGUGCAGCAUCGUCUUGGUCACAUAUUUAACUCCAGCAAACCAACCAGCAACCAACAGAAUACAAUGGCCGCGUUCAAAGUGCUCGGUAGCUUGAUUGUCGUCCUGCUGGUCGUUCUCGCCCUGAGCGGUCACGCCGAGGCCGGCUACCGGAAACCACCCUUCAACGGUAGCAUCUUCGGCAAGCGCAACGGUAACUCCGUCGACUACGAGGGAAAUGCGAAGGUCCUGUCCACCAUGUGCGAGAUUGCGGCCGAAGCCUGCCAGAGCUGGUUUACGCAAGAGCAGAAGUAAAGCAAAGCUCCUACCUUCGCAGAGACAGACCGGACAGAGACCGCCCGCUCAACGAUUUGAUGUGCUUCUACGACUACUUGCAACAUAAGCUACAGCUACAGCGGAUUUUGGAUUUGAACACACGUGGUUUUGCGUAUGAGGACCAAGAACAAGUUUGAAAACACACACAAAAAAAAUGAUCAAAAACAGUUUGUGCCACGUGUGCAGAGCAGGGCUGCGAGAAGGCCUUGGUUUCAUGUAAACGUUCUAUUCCGGAAUAAAAUGUUUUAGUGCUACCUAAUCAGUAAAACGUGCUUCAGUAACACUGAGAAUUAAGCCAUUUUUGUUUUAAUUACGCGCUCAAAUAUAAAUCUUUUAUUCCAUAUCACAAUAAAAUAUAACAGCAAAAUACCGAUCAGAAAUGACGUCUGCGGUGGAGAUAGGACUGAUUCCCCCGCCUUCGGCAACAGAAUAGCGUAUCCAAAAAGGUUCCAUUUCACACAGGUUUUUCGGGUCGGUAUGUUUGAGGUGUUGCUAACUAAAUGCUGACUUUUGCCUUACGUAGGAGGAAGAUUAAUUGAUUCGUUUCGCUGUUAGAAAAUGGUUAGGAUUUUCUUACGAUUUUUGUGUUUUUUUUAAUGCAGCGGUACUCAGUCCGUUUGCGAGUGGAUUCAAGUGGAACGGAAAAUAUACGCUACAUGCGGUACAGUAACUAAUGCUGAUCUUGUUUUCCAUGGGCAGUGCUGUAUUCGUCAUUUCCUUUUCUUUUAAUUGACUAAAAAUCUCAUUCUCCAGCACGGUUGCACGGAUGCGACGGCACACAAUACACAGGAUGACAGCAUUCUUU